GCGGCUGCGCGCGACGCGGCGGCCGCGCCGGCGCGCUGAGGGGGCGGGGUGAAAGGUCAGAGCGCGGCAGCGGGUCUGGCUGGCGGCAGCCGCGGGCGGGAGCCGAGUGUCCGGAGCGCACGUGUGGCGGAGCGGCGGCAGCAGCGCGGCGGCGGCGGCGGCGGCAGGUUUCCCCGCGUCUUCCGGAGCCCCGGGGCCUGCCUUGGCUCUCGCGGCCUCUCAGCCAAGAGGCCGGCGUGUGGGGUUGAGUGGCCUGAGCUCAGGGCGCGUAGAGCUCCGGGGCGACGAGGACGACGGCGUUGGCGGCGGCUGUAACGACGGCCUCAGCAGACGGGGAAGAUGAAAGGUAGCCGGAUCGAGCUGGGAGAUGUGACACCACACAAUAUUAAACAGUUGAAGAGAUUGAACCAGGUCAUCUUUCCAGUCAGCUAUAAUGAUAAAUUCUACAAGGAUGUGCUAGAGGUUGGCGAGCUAGCAAAACUUGCAUAUUUCAAUGAUAUAGCUGUAGGUGCAGUGUGCUGCAGGGUGGAUCAUUCACAGAAUCAAAAGAGACUUUACAUCAUGACACUAGGAUGCCUUGCACCUUACCGAAGACUAGGAAUAGGAACUAAAAUGUUAAAUCAUGUCCUAAACAUCUGUGAGAAAGAUGGCACUUUUGACAACAUCUAUCUGCAUGUCCAGAUCAGCAAUGAGUCAGCGAUUGACUUCUACAGGAAGUUUGGCUUUGAGAUUAUCGAGACAAAGAAGAACUACUAUAAGAGGAUAGAGCCUGCAGACGCACAUGUGCUUCAGAAAAACCUCAAAGUCCCAUCUGGUCAGAAUGCAGAGACACAGAAGACAGACAACUGAACAAAUCACAAACGAACUUUCUUGCACUUGCUUGUCGCCAAAUAAAAGAAAGACCCAUUGGUUCCUCCCCCUUCCUCCGCUUUCCUCCUUUGUUAUUCCUCUUUUCUUUCCUCUUAAAGUUUUUAAUACUUUCAUGGACUCUUAAAAAUGAUCAUGUUUGGAUUGUUUUAGUUCUCUUAUUUUUGUGAGGUGGUUGGAUUGAAGGAGGAGAAGGUAGAUCUGUAUAGUUUUACAGUUAAGAUGUCCCCAAAAUUGGGUGUCAGAUGAUUUCAAAUUUUUAGCUGAAAUUUAAAAAGCAACAACAACAACAUCCUGCUUUCACAUUGAGGGGCAGAGCCUACUAUACUGUUUAUUUCAAAAGACAAAAAGCAGCAGCAGCAAUAUCUUGUUCUCUAAUUCAUAGACAAGCUUAGUGUAUUUGUGGUACUUUGAGUUAUAAAGACUAUCUGUGGGGUCCUAAUCCCCAGCAUUGCCUUCACUCUACCUUUCGUCCUUUGAGCACUCUCAGGAGUUGGACCAUUGUUAUCCUUGUGAGAAAAUACCAAGCUUAUUUAGGUUUUUAAAGCAAUCUUUUCUAUUUGCUGAUUGGCGGGGCAGUUUGUAUAGGUAGUAUUAAACUUUGGUCAAAUUAUUUCAGUUAACUGCUUUGUUUGUGUGUGCUGAGGAAUGGAUUUCUUGUUAGCAGGGUUUGUUGUUUUUUUGUUUUGUUUUUUCCUUCUUUCCUGCUGUUAAUCUUGUUACUAGAGGCAUUAGCUGGUAGAGUGUGGGCUGGUGAAAUUAACUGUUUUAAUAUCCCAGCUAGAGAAAUGGCCUUUAACUGACCUAAAGAAGAUUGUUAUAAUUGAUUUUUUUCUCUUGUUUUUCGGUAAGCCCAAUAAUAGUGUAACCUUAUAAAUGGAGUUAUGCCCUUAUAAGUCGAUACCCCUAAAUAAACCUGAAGCAAGUGUUUUCUCUUGGACGUACAGAAUUGCAUUACAUAAAAAGCUUAGAUGGAUUUGUAACACAUUAAGUGUAUUUAAUGUCAACUAAUACAGAUUGUUAAAAGUGUGGCCAUUGAGCGCUUGAUAAUAUAUGAAAGAAUUUCUAGACAGUAUUUUUGAAAAUAACAUUGUUAUGCUAUUGCUUAUCUGUUGGAGAACAUCCCAGAUUUGCUUACACUCUGUGCCUACAGUGUUGAGUUUAAAGAUUUGGAAUAAAAGGAAUCAGUAGAAAAAUUCCUUCUAUUCUUGGAACAAUAGGAGUAUAAAGUGUUAAUACAAAUAUCACUGUGACCUUCAGUUGACAGGUUUGGUUAAGACCAGAUCAUCUUCAGGCACACUAGGAAUGGCUCUGAUGGAUUGAGAACUGUAAUGUGGAGAUGUAUGAGAUGCGUUUUGCUAACAUUGUCCUGUCUCAAAUAUAUGAAAUUUCUUAGAUUGUUAGUAGUCAUCAGUGGCUCAAGAAAUGUUCUCAUUAGACUUUAAAACAGUACAAAUUGUGUAUUUUCUUUCAUUUGACUUUAAAAGGAAGUUUAAUACAUCAUAUUAGUAAAAUUGUGAUAUCAAAGUCUCAUUUCCAAAUAGGUUAAAUGAUAAAAUUAUCUUACAAGAUAUUUAUGCACACCUUAUAACUCUUACAUUUUUUUUUUUUUGAGAAUGUAAAAGUAUGUAAAAUGGACUUCAGUAGUCUUGAGUGCCAAGAAUAUAGAUAAGGGGUGCGAUGGAUGGAUGGAUGGAUGGAUGGAUGGAUGGAUGGAUGGAUGGAUGGAUGGAUGGAUGGGGUAAUGAAAUUGUAGAAAUAUUAUGCUUGUUUCUUGGGUAUCAGUUUCCUAAACAGUCCAAAUCUAAGCUCAGAAGUUUAGUGUUAAGCACCUUUACUUUCAUGGAUAAGCUUCAGCAUGCUCUUGCCAAAAGAAGAGGGCAUAAAUGAUAGCAAAAUUAGUUUGAAAAAGUCAGCAAUUUUGUAAACUUCCUGAUAGCAAAAUAGAUUUUGAUAUAUAAGAGUUUUCUGAGAUGACACUGCCUCUAUUUCUAUAACCAUUUCACUUGGACUAUCUGAGUAGUCCUAUGAAUGUAUCCCUAAAUGUGGUUAUUGAAAACCGAAUAGCUGCCUCACAACAAUUAAGUACAUGUUAUUUAAAGAGGAGGAACAAAUAAUAAAGAUUGAUUUGAAUGUGUAGGCUCCCUAUUAUAACUUCUUUUUCCACACUAGUCAGUGAUUUAACCUAAAAUUUAAAUGUAUGUAAAGGGUCAAUUGUCCUGUAUCAAAGUUACAUUAAAUAAUUCCAUUCACUUACAUAAGGGGAAGAUGUGGAAGGAGAUAGAAACUGGGACUAGUCCAUAUGCCUGUUAGUCAGGAAAUACUAAAGUAAAGCCCCAUGUUGAGUUUGUGGGUUUGGGUUUUGAUUUGUUUGGUUUUGAUUUCUUUGUUUUUAACAUGAUAAAGAUAAUCUUUGAGGUAAAACUAAUUCUAUUAACUGAAAGAUACUGGGCUAUCUUCAUCGUUUUUUCAGGACAGAUCAUUUUUACUGUGGGGUAAAUAGGUUAAAAUUAUUCUGUAUGCUCUUUGAAUUUAGGUUCUAAAGUAAAGAAUCCGUAGAGAAAUCUAUGCAAUAUGUAAUUUGUCAAGGUUAAUUUUCAUCUGGGGAAAGAAGUUGCUAAGUGUCUCCAAAGCAGGUCACUCAUUAACCGAAAGUCCUCCAAAAAGAGAACUAUUGGAAAGCAUGGUAUGUGGUGGUGGAAAAGAAAAAACUCCCUCAGUUUUUGGAGGGAAUAACUUUAAAGAUACUUAAGUGGCUACGUUUACUUGGUGCAGUUAAGAAUUAAACUUGUCAAUUUUAUUGUUGCUGUUACAUCUAAAAUAAACUUAUGUGAUGUUCUGGUAGU